AAAGAACAAAUCCUAAUUCUGGAUAAAUACUCAGACCUACUAUUUCACAGUAAGAGCUAUAAGUUAACGGGUUCUAGCGUGUGUUUGAUGGAGAAUAAUUCGUGGACAAACGAAGAGUUUCAUCAACAUAGUACCUACUCUGGUAACUCGAAUAUCCCGCUGAAGAAACCAGAGUUGAUAAAUAACACAGGAAUUGCCAUGGUAUGGACCCCUGAAGAGCAAACUAUUCUGGAGAAUGCCCUUGCUAGAUAUCCAUUGGACUCGUGUGUUUCUUCUUGUCUACGUUACGCAAAAAUCUCGUUAGAGCUUCCAGAAAAGACCACCAAAGACGUCGCUAUGCGUUGUAGAUGGAUCAAAGAAUUGGGAAGAGUCAAAGUUGAGAAUUCAAUCUCGGCUCCUCAUGAUGCGGCCGCCAAUGAGCUUCUUAAACAGAACGAGCAACUGUCUGAACAGAUCAAUGCAAAUCUCACAUCCUCAAAGGUUCUAGAUAACCUUCCUCUCUUCAAUCAAAUUUAUGAGAACAUCAUAGAACUUUUCAACAAGUUGGACGAGAAUGUGCCGGACAAGAUGAAGCAGAUGCCACCAUUGCGGGAGAUGUUGAACGAUGAUCUAUUUAAUUUAAUCCUUCCUCAUAUCUACCUAAACCAACAUGAAUGACUCUUUUUUUUUCUUUUUGCAAUUUGAUUUCUUCAGGACCUAUUAUAAUUGUUUUAAUUGAUUUUUUUGUUAUUAGUGUAUCUAGGUCAGUCCAACAAAUCGUCAAAGCAACCAUUAACGAGUGCAGUCUCGGAUUUUUUUUUUUUAAUGAUGCCUAGGACAUGAUCUCAUCUUUAUCUUUUGUCUUUUGAGUUAUUUUUUUUUAAUAACAAAUAUUAUGAUAAAGAAACUCGUCAACUAAUAACAAAAAAAGUAAUGAGGUCUAUCCUCCUCUGUAUAAAACACAAGAGUUUUCUCAAUCAGCUACACUACAUAAACCACCCUAAGUCUAACCAACCGUCGACAAAAAAACGAGAAGUAACAACAAAACCCUCACCCGAGAUAGCUGUGAAGACACGUCUUGGCUACUUAUGGCUGAAGAGCGGUUAAUCACGUCGAGACUCAGCUGUUCCCGUAUCUGAUCUGAAACGUACGUUGAAGUAUUAUUGCUCAUGGCUCAUAAGGGGCCUGAUUGUUUCUUUUUUUUUUCACCGUACAACUAAAAACUUGUUGUAAUGUACGAGUGAAGUUGUCAGAGAGAGUUUUAAGAUUGCUGUCUAAUAAUUUUUUUUAAUAUUAGUUCACGUUUUAAUCCGUUAUUAAAAUAGGCACA